AUGUCCUCGUCGCAGUCCCAGCAACAGCAACAAUUUCAUUUGGAUUCAUCAUCAGUUAUCAAAACUGCUCCUCCAGGUCGUGGACAACAACAACAACAGCAUGAUUUUUCACCAAAAAGUGAACCAAUUGAUUUGGCACCACUUAGUCAACCAAGCUUACAAGAUUUAAGCAAAAUGCAACCAAUUGAACAAUACUAUUCAAUGCCUAGCUAUAGUCGUGUUUACACUGAUUAUGCAGCUAUUGGCCUAGCACAAGGUCAAACGUCCAUUAUCACAGCUCCAUCAAGUGCUACCCCACUUUAUUACCCAACCGUAUUCCAAGGUGCUGUAACAGCUCAUGAAUGGCAACGUCCUAUGGAACACUAUCAACAGUAUCAGCAACAGCAACAACAACGUGCUAGUGCUCUACAGUAUCCACAAGAGGUACCACAAUCUCAACAACAGCAACAACAACAACAACAACAACAACAGCAACAACAACAACAACAACAACAACAACAACAGCAACAACAAGAAACUCGGGUAUAUAAAGCUGCAGUUGAAAUGCCUUCACCGGUUGAUAGCGGUAUUGGUGCUGAUUUAUCAUUAAUUGCAACAAAAAAUGAAGAUUUUUAUGCAGCAACCGAGGUAUUACAUGGUAUUCAAUCAGCUACCAGUGAUCGAACUGAACGUUCACUAAGUCAUCGUGAUUCACCGGUUGUUAUACCAAAAUUAGAGAACAGUUUGGGCUUUCAAUAUGUAUUAGAAGCACCAAUAUCAACAUCUGUUCGUAAAGAAGAUGAUCGGAUGACAUACGUCAAUAAAGGACAAUUUUAUACUGUGUCAUUUGAUUAUAUUCCUGAUCUUUGUAAACCACUAAAAAGUCCUACAGUUAAAAGUCAAUUAAUGAUUGUAUUUCGAGAAGAUAAAACAUAUGAGGAAGAGAUUAAAACUUGGCAAUUCUGGCAUUCUAGGCAACAUUCGGUUAAACAACGAAUUCUAGAAAUUGAUGCUAAAAAUAGCUCUGGCAUGAUUGGACAAAUUGAGGAAAUUGCGCAUAAUGCUGUACAAUUUUAUUGGAAUCCAACGGAGCAAUCAAGUGUUAAAAUCAGCAUUGCAGUGCAGUGUUUGUCAACAGAUUUUAGUAAUCAAAAAGGUGUCAAAGGUCUUCCACUUCAUAUUCAAAUUGAUACUUACGAUGAAAAUGAUAAUACCGAUGUACCAUUUCAUCGAGGAUAUUGCCAAAUUAAAGUAUUUUGUGAUAAGGGAGCAGAAAGAAAAUUACGUGACGAGGACAAAAGGGCUCAAAAGCGUAAAUUAACAGGACGUAAAAAAUCAGAUGGUGAAUACCAUGAACCAUGUGAACGUUCCGAAUUUUAUCAUAUGAGUGAUCUAACUAAACGUGCUGCUUUAUUUAUUGGACCUGAUGAGUAUGAUUCACGUUACCUUGAAAGUAGCCUUGCUUUUGAUCCAUUAUCAGAAUUAGAACCGGUUACAAAACGGCCUAGAACAUCUGAAAGGAUAAUGCUAUACGUAAGGAAACGAGAUGAACAAAUUUAUACGCCAUUGCAUAUUAUACCUCCCUCAUUAACCGGUUUUAUACAAGCAGUUGUUGAAAAAUUUGGUGUUGAAAGUGAUAAGAUAUCGGGUCUAUUUAAGCAGUGCACAAAAGGUGUAACUGUAAAAUUGGAUGAUGAUAUGUUGAAGCAUUACUGUAACGAGGAUACCUUUAUCAUUGAUAUUGAACAAGCGCAAGAUGAUCCAUCAUGUUGUACAGUAACGCUUGUUGAAUUACCGCCAACACAUUUUUCACAAGCAACAUAA